AUGUCGCGCGCGUCAGCGGGCUUUGCCGACUUCUUCCCCAAUGCGCCUUCAGUGCUGAAGACUAAACGCAAGGAACCCUCCUCCGACCACCAGCCCACGCGUGCGCCGUCGCGCACAGAGUCGCCGUUGCGCUCGGACAAAGGCGUUGAAAACGCCGCAACUGCCGGCCCGCGCAGAAACAACGACACGAGUGCCGAAGCGCUCGAGCAACAACACCAGCCAGAAGAGGAUGACGGUGCGCACCGAGCUGACUCUGGCGACCUUUUGAUUGGCGUCGGCUCGGCAAGUUCACUUUCCAGCACAGCUUCCUCAGUCUUCAGCAGCUCCAGCAGCAGCCGCCAAACCAUGUCCUAUCCUGGACCCAACACCUCCAUCCACGCCCUUACCCCUCUCACAAACACCGAAUCGUCGCCACCAGACAAGGCGACCAGCCCCAGACCGUCGAAGACCUCGAAUGACCACAUGUCUUUGACAAACACCGACACUUACAGCGCGCCGCCGCCUGGUGCCUCGCAAAAUGUUGCGCCCGCCGAAGCGAUCACACCCGCAACGACGCCGCCCCAGACUCGCAGACAAGCCCGUCCAGGCCCCGGCGAAGAAAAAGGCUUCACCGUUGUCUACGACCCCGCGCUAGAUCCCAAGAUCCCGUCCAACGAGAGACACAAGCGCAAGGCGACAUACAGAAACAUACCCCGUGAUGAUAUCGCGGCGCCACCAGAUCCUCGUCUGGCAAUAGCCGGGUACACGACCGGAGCCCACAAUGCGGCAAGAGGGGUAAACAAAGCGAGACUACGGCUUGCGCCCUACACCGUCAAGCCGUAUGCCCCCGACAAAAACACCAUUGGCCCGCAGCCUGCGACGAGGAUCCUUGUGACCGGAUUGGAUCCCUUUACCCCGGAGAUGCAGAUCAAGACUUUUUUCUCCAGCUUUGGCAACAUUGCGGAGUUCGACAACAAGAUCGAUCCGGCGACAGGAAGUUUUCUUGGGAUUUGCUCCAUCCGGUACAGCGAUAGCAAGCCUGCGCGACAGGGAAAGUAUCCAUUGACGGCCGCGGCAUCUGCCAAAUUGGCAGAGAAGGAGGGCAAUGGAAGUCGCAUUCAACUUCGCCAAAUUAAAGUGGAGCUCGAUCGGGAAGGUCGCAGAGCGGCGCGCUGCGUCGACGAGGCCGUGAAGAAGAAUAGGAUGCGACAGCAGAAAGAGGAAGCUGCAUCUAUCAGAAAGACUGCGGAUACAACGCCAGUAGUCAUACCUCUCUCCGAACCGCCACCCGACGCGCCAAAGGGACCUUCAGGCAAAGGUGGACAGGGCCCCAGACCGCACGUCGCGCCUCGACCGAUUCGUCCUGAGCACGCCCUCGUCGAAAACGAACCCAUCAUCGAUAAGAUCAAACGCAAGCCGUAUAUUUUCAUCGCACAUUGCUACGUUCCCGUCCUCGGCACAACGAUCCCGCAUCUGAAGAAGCGCCUGAAACUAUACCAAUGGCAAGAAGUGCGGUUGGACCGAACGGGCUAUUACAUCAUAUUCGAGGACUCAAAGCGUGGCGAAGAUGAAUGUGAGCGUUGUUACCAGGAGUGCAACAUGCAGGCGCUUUUUACCUAUGUUAUGAACAUGGAGUGCGAAAAAUACGGAAACCCUAAUUAUGUUAGGAGCCCGAGUCCGGAGCGGGUACUUGCAGAAAAGAAGAAGAAGGAAGUCGAAGAAGAAAUUCGGAGGGAAGAGGAGCAGGAUCUUGAGGAGGAGAAGAAGGAGCGGGCAGAGAACCUGGAUCCGGUCACGGCUGCCAAGGAACGAUUACACACGGAGCUGCUGGAGCAGAUCAUGAGCGACAUCAAGACGCGAAUUGCGGCUCCGGCAAUCUACGAUUAUCUGGACCCAGCCAGGCACGUUGCGAGGAGGAAAGAGUUGGGCGUGCGGGAUCCCACGCUCGCUGAAGCCAAGACUCCCACUGUCCUCUUCAGCGCAGCGGAAAAUGUGCUUCCUCACAAGUCGAAAUUCGGGAAGGGCAACAAGAAUCUACGGAAGUCUCUGGCUGCGAACCUCUCUCAGAAUCAGAGGAGAGGCAAGGGUGGUCACCACUACGAAGUCAACGCAUUCGCAGACGAGAGGCGUAGGAAGCCCCCGCCAAAGAAGCAUAAUGCAUUUAGGAAUCUUCACCGGCAGAUGCAGAGCUUUGAGGAUGAGGAUUCGGAUGAUGAACAGAGUACUCUGACAAGGGAUACUGAAGAGCAGGAGAGCAGGUCCAUCAGUCGUAUGUCUUCAGCGGCUCCUGAGGAGGAAGACGAGAUCAUACAGAUCAGGCCUUCUAAACGCAGGAAACUGGAACCGUUGUGGGGUGAUGCCGAUACCCAGGAUGCCCAGGCCCGCCGUCUAUUCCCUCAUCUCAUCAACAAGGACCCGACGGAUAUGGCAGACGGAGAGCUCGAUCAAGUGGUUCACGCCUUCCCGCAUACUUCGGACCUCUACAAGAGAGCUAAGAGUGAAUUGAAGUUCCGCAAGAUCCAGCGAGAUGCAGCUCUCGUGUUUGGUGGGGAAGACGAAGAAGAAGAUUCUCGUGCUGGCAGCGUGCAACCACCGACGGAAGCGGCUACGCCAGUCGAUACCGUCGAGGAGAUACAGAUCGAGACACCGGAGCCAGAGGUCCCCAUCAAGACAGAGAAGAAGAAGCCAUCCAAGCCCAAGAAGAAGACCAAGAAGCAGGCUCUCCUGGACGAAAAGCCAGAACCCUCGCCUCUCAAGUCUGAGGUUGAAGAGACACCGCCUAUCGAACCUGUGCCCCUGGAGGAAGCCCCGAAGGUGGCGGAAAUUGUCACAGAAAACCUCAUGUCUGAAGAUCCAAUUUGGGGAUUCUCCAUCGACGAACCUCGUUCGACGAUAGAGGAGAAGCUGGAUUAUGUCAUGGACAUUGAUGGCUGGCAAUUCACCGUCAAAGACGCUGAAGAUCUUCGUUACCUUAGUGCAGCGCUUGAAAAUGUGCGGCCGGCGAACGUGGGUGAUCCCAACCUCUUCGCAUACAAGGAGAAGCACGUCAAGAAACUCAACACCGGUCUCGAUGGCGUUGCGUACAAAGAAGUCAAGAUCGAGGACUACUACAAACCCAACCCAACAGGCUGUGCCAGGACGGAAGGCGUCAAGAAGAUCCUGGAAGCGGAGAAGUCCAAGUACCUGCCACACCGAAUCAGAGUCCAGAAGGCUCGUGAGGAGCGUGAGGCUUUGGCAAAGAUCAAUCCGAACGCCUUGGCGCAGUUGACUAAGCCUGCUGUUGCGCCGAAGACGUCGACGACGACCUCUCGCUCGAACCGUGCGAACAACCGCCGUCUCGUCAACGAGAUCAGUACCCAAAAGCAGGCUCUCGCUGCAGAUGGUGGUGACAACAUCGCAAUCCGCUUCAACCAGCUGAAGAAGCGGAAGAAGCUCGUUAAAUUCGACCGAUCAGCCAUCCACAACUGGGGUCUCUAUGCCCAGGAGGAUAUUUCUGCCAAUGACAUGAUCAUCGAAUACGUCGGCGAGAAGGUGCGCCAGAAGGUGGCGGAUAUCCGUGAAAUAAAGUACGACAAACAGGGCGUGGGUAGCAGUUACCUUUUCCGUAUCGACGAAGACAGCGUUGUGGAUGCCACCAAGAAGGGUGGCAUUGCACGUUUCAUCAACCACAGCUGCACACCAAACUGCACAGCGAAGAUUAUCAGGGUGGACGGCACGAAGCGCAUUGUCAUCUACGCGCUUAGGGACAUCAAGACGAACGAGGAGCUUACGUACGACUACAAGUUUGAGCGCGAGAUCGGUAGUGAUGACCGUAUCCCGUGUCUUUGCGGUUCUGUCAACUGCAAGGGUUUCCUCAACUAG